CCCCUUUGAAAAGACGCCGGCUGCAGAUUCCGACUCACUCAGCGGAGGGUGAGGAGAGCCCUUCAGUGCGGAGAUGUUAGGGCUGCUGUUGCCGGCGCUGUCCGUGUUGGGUCUCCUGGGGGUCUCACCGCCUGUGACCGGCCUUCCCAACGGAGCCCCCACUUCAGCCUGCGAGAGCAUGAUGCCUCGUCAUCAAGGGGUCCAGCCACAGCCUCCCCCGCCACCCUACACCAUCCGAGUCAGCACCAGAACCAGCACAGCGGGCCAGCCGGUCCAAGUAACAAUCCUGGGUCCGGACUACGCAGGGGUCCUCCUGGAGGCUCGGUCGGGAUCGGACACCCGUGCCCUGGGGAGCUGGCAGACUCCUCCUUCCAACACCAAAUUUCUAACGUGCUCAGGGAAUCAACAAGGCGCGAUCACCCACAGCAACACCAACAUCAAGAACAACUCCACUGUCUACACCUGGAUCACGCCCAGCGGGCCCAGCUCCAUCUUCUUCAUGGCAACCGUAGCACAGCAAAGAACGGUCUACUGGCUGAACGUGAAGUCGGAACCACUGACCAUCACAGGUGGGGUGUCUUUGGAGGGGGGCGCCAGUCCCGUGGCCGUGGCUGGGGGGCUCCUGUUCCUCCUGCCCAGCCUUCUGCUGACACUGCUGUACUCCAGCUAGAAACACAGAGCUCUGGCGGCCAAGAGGAGAGGAGGCCCCCUGUCUCUCCCAGGGAUCGUGAUGGAAAGAGCAGCUCAUCUCCUGAGCCUAGAACAGGUUGCUCAUCUGUGAGGUUUAGCUGCAGUUGAUUCCCCCAGGCUUUGAGUUCUGUCUCAGAUUCUUUCUAAUAAUGGCCUUUUCUAAAUAUUUUUUACUGAUUAGUUAUCUCAGUUUAGUUUUAUAGGAUUUUAAAAAAUAUAUAUAUAUUUUUUAAGUCCACUCAGGUGCUUUCAAAAUAAAAUGUCACUUAAGCUUUGAGUCAUUUUACAAAAUUACUUCAAAUGUACUGCUAUUAACACUUUAAUAAAGAUAUUAAACCAUU